CAAACUAGGCAGGGUAUAAAGGGGCGCCUCUCCCAGCCAGCGACACUCACACACUCUCCCUCGUCACCGCCUCCUCCUCCCUGCCCUGCAUCAUGAAGUUAUUGGUGGUCGCUGCCCUGGGCCUGGCCUCGCUGGUCGCCGCACGCCCCAGCAAUGACAUCUUUGACUUCGAAGGUGACAACGCUGAGCACGAGCAGGAGGGCGUGGCGGGCAAGUCUGUCACUGGCGAGUACAAGUGGGAGAGUCCCGAGGGCCUUGAGUUUGAAGUGAAGUACAUCGCUGACGACAAAGGUUACCGCAUCCUUGAAUCCAACGCCGUGCCCGUAGCUCCUGUUGCUCCUGCCGCCCCCGCCCCCGCCCCUCGCGCCGCCGUAGAGGAGGAGGCCGAGGAGGAAGAGGGAGAGGAGGAGGAGGGUGAGGAAGAGGAGGGUGAGGAAGAGGAGGGUGAGGAGGAGGAGGGUGAGGAGGAGGAAGGCGAGGAGGAGGAGGGUGAGGAGGAGGAGGGUGAGGAGGAGGAGGGUGAGGAAGCUGAGGAGGAAGAAGAGGAGGAGUGAAGUGAAAUGUGUGGUUCUGUUUUCGUUUAUUUUUGUUGUGAGGUGAUGUGGGAGGAGGAGGAGGAGGAGGAGGAGGAGGAGGAGGACGAGGAGGAGGAGGAGGAGGAGGAGGAGGAGGAGGAGAACGCCAUUUCCUCCACGAAAACUCCAUAUAACACCUCCCCGCACCUCAAUGUACGUGUGUGUGCAUGUGUACGUGUGUGUGUGUUUACCUGUGUACGUGUUUAUAUGUGUGUACGAAUAUUGAUAAUAAAAAAAAACAUGAUAAGCGACA